ACUAAAUGCGCAGGGUGUCUCUCUGCCAGCUCUGUUUCUUCAUCCUUCAUUCCAUUAUUGCUCUGUCUCUCUCUCUCUCUUCUUUCUCUCUCUAAAAAGUUGCAGAGGUAGAAUCGAAGGCUGAGCAAUGUCGUCGUCAGAUGAUGAAGGCGGCGAGGAGUACCUCUUUAAGAUCGUCAUAAUCGGAGAUUCGGCUGUCGGGAAAUCCAAUUUGUUGUCUCGUUAUGCCAGAAACGAGUUCAAUCUCCACUCCAAGGCCACAAUCGGCGUUGAAUUUCAGACGCAGGUUAUGGAUAUUGACGGCAAAGAAGUUAAGGCUCAGAUUUGGGAUACUGCCGGCCAAGAGCGGUUCCGCGCCGUCACCUCUGCAUACUACCGCGGCGCUGUCGGUGCGCUCAUCGUUUAUGAUAUCAGCCGCCGCUCCACUUUCGAUAGUGUCGGUCGAUGGCUAGACGAGCUCAAGACUCAUUCCGAAACGACGGUGGCAAGGAUGCUAGUCGGGAACAAAUGUGACUUGGAUAACAUCAGGGACGUGAGUAUUGAGGAAGGCACGAGUCUAGCAGAGGCCGAAGGGUUGUUCUUCAUGGAAACGUCGGCUCUAGACUCAACAAAUGUUAAAAGGGCAUUCGAGAUCGUGAUCCGAGAAAUAUACAGCAAUGUCAGCAGGAAGGUCCUAAACUCGGAUACCUACAAAGCAGAAUUAUCCGUUAACCGGGUGAGCCUCGUCAACAACGGUGGAUCUAAGCAAUCGGAGAGCUAUUUGUCUUGCUGUUCAAGGUGAUGUUCAUCUCUUAAGCUCCAAGAGUUGAGUCAUUUCUGGUUCUGUUGGUCUGGUGAUUCAAAUUGGUUGUUUUUCUGUUUGUUUCCUUUAUAGUUUCUCUCAAGCCUCUUCCAAUUCAAUCUAAAGACCAUUUGCCAUAUAUAGAAAUGAAAUUAUUUCUUUGAAUUUAAUU